AUGCACGACUUUGCAGAAGCUCUAUACAGACCAGGGGUCCACUGGCCUGAGCGCUUCAUGAAGCGCAAUCCCGAACUCAAGCGCCAGACCCUCUCUUCACCAACAUCAAGUUUGUCCGAUUGGUGCGAGCCAGCUGCGCGAGGUGCCGCGACGGGCGAGCCCUUCAUCGGCCGCCUCAACGGUGAGGCGACUGUCCACCCUGGUAUCUUCCAGUGGACGGGCGGAAAGCUCGGCGCCGUCGAGGAGCUGCACGCCUGGCUGCUCAAGAACAAGGAGGGUCAGUCGAAACUACUGACUUCUGGCUGGAAUCCCGAGUACUGGGAGUAUUGCGGAACGAUUCGUGGCCUCGACACCCGGCCGGCGGAGUGGGACACCCUCGGACAGCACCCAUACUCACCUGGCACCCGCUCUCCAACGAUGCCCUCUACGAGGCAGCCCUCGGGGUCUCGACACAGCAAGCUCAACAGUCAAAACCCCAAAAACCAGGAUCCCAAGAAGCAGGACAAGGGCAAAGCCAAAGUGGAGGCCGAGUCUGAGCUCUGGACCCAGUCCCUCGUGGUGUACAUGUUCCAUGGCGAGCCCGACAUAUGGAACAACCGCCACGUCCUCGUCCAGCUAGAAUCGGCCCAGAACCCCCACUUCCACCAGACGGUUCACGUCCUGCGCGUCGUGGACGAGAUCGACAACGACAAGGACAAGGGCGCAGACGGCAAGAAGAAGGGGUCGAAGCAGAAAAUGCCAAAGGCGGAGCCGACGGGCGAGCGCGCGUGGAAGAUUGACCGCUGCGACCGCCAGGUCGAUUGGACCGAGUCCAAGUUCUACAUGGGGCACCUCGACUCCGGGCUCGUCUAUGUAAACAGCCGACACGAGAAGCAGGUUGCCGACGUCCUCGCGUCCCAGCCGGUUCCCGAUCCUGGUUUCACCGACCAGGGCAGCCAGAUCUGGCUUAUGGGAGCCAUGCACAAGCUUGUCAAGUCUGGCCUUCAGACGCAGGACUGGUACAAUUGGUGGGAGGCUGAGUUUCUCAAUUUUCUCAUGGUUGAAUCGACUGAUGAGGUCCCGUGA